AUGAAGGUUCCUGCUUUCACCGCUGCAAUCGAGCAACACCAGAAGCGGAUCACCGAUUCCAUCCUCGAUCACGCUCGUCAAAUCUGUGCUGAUAAAUCUGUGAAUGUGAAAACCCAAGUGGUUGUUGGGGAUCCCAAGUAUAAGAUCUGCGAAACCGUGGAGAAUUUGCACGCAGAUCUGCUUGUCAUGGGUUCACGAGCUUAUGGCCGCAUUAAAAGGAUGUUUCUAGGAAGUGUAAGCAACUACUGCACCAACCACGCGCACUGUCCUGUUGUGAUAAUUAAACCCAAAGAGGAUUCUGCGGAAUAA